AUAAAUAAAGUAAUGACACGUUGGAGUGAAGAUCAGCGGCAGUGUGGUUGGAAGAAGAAAAAACUCAUUCAGCUUCAACAAUGGCCUCGGAACGGGCAUCUCUACUCCAUUAACUUUUUCUCUGUGCCACUGACUUGUCGUAUCACCACAACAACUGGGUCUCUUCAAUCCCUUUGCUUCUUUUCCUCGGCUUCGGCUUCACUCCUCUGUUUUUCCUCCAAGUUUCCAAUUGCAGCACCCCCUUCUUUCAUAUCCGCAAAUUACAACUGUGGCUUCUAGACUUCGGCAAUCGCCAGCUGACUCAACCUUCUUCUACUCCCAAUUUUGCUGGUCCCAUUUCGAUCUGUUUGUUGUUAAUUUAUUGAGUCUCUCCCCGGAGUAAUGGAUAAAGUAGGCGAUAGUUCCAACAAAUGGGCAGAAGAUAUUUAUUGGAGCCAUUUUCAGUUCACCCACUUCUAUCAAAUUCUUGCCGGUGGUUGUGAACAGCAACUUGUAAUUCCAAACAAAUUUUCAAAUAAUUUGAGAAAGAAACUUCCAGCUACUGUGACUCUUAAAGGUCCUAGUGGUGCUACAUGGGAUGUGGGAUUGACUACCAGUGAUGAUAAAUUGUAUUUCAAACGUGGCUGGCAAGAAUUUGUGAAGGCUCAUUCUCUGGAGCAAAAUGAUCUUUUGGUUUUUAGGUACAAUGGGGCGUCACAGUUUGAUGUUUUGGUAUUUGAUUGGAAGAGCUUUUGUGAGAAGGAAGCAUCUUAUUUUGUAAAAAUUUGCGAGCAUAAAAAGAGUGACAGCGGCCAGGCUAAGAGGAAGCUUAGAGAACCCCUUUUGGAUGGUUUUGAUGCUAAUAUUAACAAUGGUGCUGAAUGUGAUUCCUCUGAAAAUAUCAUACACGACGAUAGUAUGGAACGUAUGAUACAGGACGUUGUGUCCAAAGCUACAAAUUUUAAUGGUCAACCAGAGGUUUUUUCACCCGAGCCCAUACGAACAAUGCAGACUAGAAAAAAGAAAAAAAUUCCAAAUAAUGCCGUAAUUAUGACAUCCACCCCCGAACCUGUUCAGUUAUCAGAUUCUGAUGUGGAAGCUACUCCCGUUAAGAAAGUUGGAUCAUAUGUUGAGCAUUAUGUAUCCAAUCGGAGGGCUAUAACCGAAGGUGAGAAGAACAAUGCCCUGAAGUUGGCAGAAGCAGCAUCAACUGAUGCUGGUUUCAAAAUUGUUAUGCGACCUUCACAUGUGUACAGGAGAUUCUUUCUGUUCAUCCCUACUCAAUGGGUUACAAAAAAUCUCUCCCUUCGUAACCAAGAUAUAAUACUGCGUGUCGGAAGUGAUGAAUGGCCAGCCAAAUUCAACUUUACCCCUAGUCGUCAAUGUGGUGGCCUUACAAGUGGAUGGAAGCAUUUUUCUAUAGAUAACAAUUUAGAAGAAUUUGACGUCUGCGUCUUUGAGCCUGUCACUAAAUCAAGCGGUCCUGUGGUCCUGGAGGUCAAAAUCUUCCGCGUUGUUGAAGAUGUCAUCCCUCUAACUCGUGUAGCAUCAAAGAGCAACCGAAAGCUAAUCAAAGCACCUGAAGCUUAAUUUGUGGCAAGCUCCCAAAAUAUUAUAGUACCUAAUGUUAAGACCCAAGGUUUUCUGUCUGUAUAAUAUUAUGUAGGUAAUAACUCUGCUUUAACAUAUGAUGCUUUGUGGCUGGGACAUGUCCUUUGCUAACAUUUAGUCGAUGCCAAGUUAGUCCUGACUUCUGUUAUAUGCACAAGUAGAAUAACCUGUUUAUGAGCUUCA